UAUCAUCUCAUUCAGUACCAAUUCGUCGAUUGUCUAGCCCCUACUUUGCAUGAAACGAUUCUUCACAACAGCAGUCAGAAUGUCCGACAAGCGAAUUUCCUUCCAGGUCGAUGGUGAGGUGCAAGGUGUGAACUUUAGGUCCUACACGCAGAAGCAAGCCAGAAGCAUUGGCAUAACCGGCUUCGUGAGAAAUACUUCUGAUGGAACGGUCCAGGGCGAGGCUCAGGGCAGUGCCGAUCAACUGAAGGAUUUUGUCCAGCACCUGAACACGGGCCCACCAGCCGCAUCGGUCUCUGGCGUAAUGCACAACGACAUCUCACCCAAGAGCGGGGAGAGCAGCUUCCACGUAAAGUAGCGUGCAGGCGGUCAGGGCGCUGAUGAUCCAGGAGAGCCAGUGGCGAGAGGAUACAAAAACCAAUCGAUAGUCCUGAGGGGCUUAACAUGAGACGUAAUUUCAGAAGAGUGAUAGGAAUUCCAGUCAGUCCUUCCUGGCUACUCAGGCCCCAUCGACUCAACUCACAGGUCUCGUGGAAAUCAUCGCCGAAGACCUCCCAAUUACAGACGAGAGCAUGCGCCUGUAAGAGUCGGUAAGCACAGGAACCCUGCGCAGAUUGUACUAUGUUGGCGUCCACAGGAUCGGGGUGAGAAGACGAUAAAAAUCGAAGAUGCAUUGAUAAUUCGCAAAGC